AUGGUGGAGUUGCAAUCUCCGCACCUACAUCCGUCACCACUGCUGCCGCCGCAGGUACCAAGACUCACUACUGCUCCGGGCUGCCUCCAGAAUGUCCGGCCGCCGGAGGCCGAGCACGGAGACGGCACUCCGGAUUUGAACGGCAGGAAUAGGGUUCGGCAGGUGAGCACUCGGCACUUGACUACACAGCACCUCGCGGAGGAGCAAGAGUCGCCGUACACCGCGCGGUCAGGCCAGUCCGGCGGCCUGGAGGCCAGCGGCCUCCGCUUCCGUGGGGGGUCUAAUACCGCUGUUUCGGUGGCUCAGAGGGCGGCGCAGGUGGUCGCAACCCCUCAGUCGCCUGCUCGACCCACGGCGCCGCCCGACAAGGGAGGGAACGGCGUGAUUCUUUACCCGGACGGGUCGGCGUACGCUGGCCGCGUGGUGGCGGGAAAGCGACACGGGCGGGGUACGUUUAUCCACGAGGCGACGGACGUGCAGUACGACGGCGAAUGGUUCGAGGAUCUGUGGGACGGCGAGGGCCGGCUGUACAGUGUCCGCGACAUGACCGUACUGCACGGUCUCUGGAGCCGCGGCGAGUUGCUCGACCAGGGCAUCCGUCGCGACCUCGCCUGCGGUUGCACCUGGGCUGAGGAGUACUGCCGCGGUGUUCUCGUCAACCACGCACUGGUCGCCGUCCAGGGGGAAGCCGACGCCGACGACAGCUCUUCGGAGUCUUCCAGUCGCGACACCCGCCUCCCCGAACCGCAAUCUGUCCGCCACCGUACUGGUUCCCGCCUGGGGUCCGGCCCGGGCUCCGGCUGCUGCCAGCACCAGGUCGUGAGCCCGAAUCCCGGCUCUGUCCUGCACCCAGCCGCACUCCCAAAACACGGCUCCGCCCAAUACCUCAGCUCCGGAGACCCGAACUUUAACACGUAUCCCGGCUCCGGCUCCUCCGCCGCCAAGUUCGUCAGCACCGUAGAGGGCACCGCCGCGCCGACGAACGGCUACGGACCCAUCUUCGCCAACCUGGACGGCAAGGGCGGAGGUAUCUCGCGGCUUUUUCCCUCGCGCUACUCCGACACCCAAGACAGUGGGUCACAAGCCCGAGGGUCGCAAGCCCGAGGGUCGCAGGACCGAAGGUCUGGUCAAGAGAGCUGGGGUUCAGGUGAAGAGGACCGCGGUACACAAAAGCGGGAGCCGGGUGCAGAAGACCGCGGAAGAGACUCUGUUUCGCAAGACCUUCCGUCACAGGGCGACCAGGCCGGAUCGAGUGCUUUCGGUCGUUUCUCUCAGAACGCCCAGGAUGGUCGGAAGAUUCCGCCGGGUCGUGAGCGCCGGGGGGUCUUCCGGUCGCAGAACUUUCUCUGUUACACGCGUAUGAGUCAGAGCGAGGGCGACUCGCUCGAGCCCGGGGGGGUGUCCCCCGCGCGCGCGGGUGCACACACGUGUGCAGGGCACGCGUGUUCGGGGCAAGGAAGCAGUCUCUCAGUCCAGCAGUGCGCGACCGCGGCGGGUACGACGACGGCGGCGGGUGCGACGACUGCGGCGGAUGCGACGACCGUGGCGGGUGCGACGACCGCGGCGGGUGCGACGACCGCGGCGGGUGCGACGACCGCGGCGGGUGUGACGACCUCGGCGGCAGUGUGUCCGUGCCAGAUGGACGCGAAGAGCUUCUCCAAGUGGCUCAAGAGUUUCCGGCCGUGCAGCCGCGAGGUCGUUGCCUACAUGGCGGCGCGCAAGUGGACCUGGCGCGACAUGGAACGCGCACUGGCUGAGCCCCGCGGCCGACGACCAGCAACCAACGCGAGACGGAGAGAUCCACCGCGCAAAAAGCAGGUGGUUUUCCGUGCCAGCAGCAAAGAGCCGAACAGCAAAGACAAGAGCAACAAAGACCGUGCGUCGGACUUGGUUGCAAGCGGAAGCAAAGAAGCCAGCGGCCAAGCUUUGGCGCCCGUGAGCUCGGCCAUGAAGGCGGUAGGCAACUUGUUGAGAGUCGUUCUCUCUGCCGGACUCCCCUCCGGCCUGCCGAAGCGGGUAAAUUUCCCAACAGGGCUGCCAAGACACAAGUCUCCAGUUUCGUCGUUGAGCUACGACAGCCGCGUCGUGAACUUCACCGCAGCCUCCCGCGCAGCCACGUCUUCGGCGGACAGCGGCCGAACCAGCCGCUGGUCAACCGGGGCCGCUGGGGCCACGGCCACUGGGGCGACGGCCACUGGAACAAACUGCCUAGGGACUAAGGCGUCUGAGACCAACACUAGACUGCUUUCGGCCAAGACCCACACCAGCGUCGCUGAGCCUGGCGAUGGGAACCGGAGUCAAGAUCGAGCGCUCGCUGAGUCGGCGGUGUCUUCGUCCUCGUCUUCUGCGAGUAGCGCGAAGACGGACGAGUUAUUACCGAGUCCUGGUUUGCCGUUGGGUAUCCGCUUGGAAUUAGAACAACUACGUGACCAGAUUCGACGGUGCGGUGCGGUCCCGUUGGAGGGAAGUGGCUGUAAGUUAUCUGGUUGUAAGUUAUCCGGUUGUAAGUUAUUUGGUUGUGGGCUACCGAGUGAGAGUUUCACUUCGAUCAGUUCAUUGGUACGGGAAUUUCUGAUACCUAUAGAGGAGUUGAAGUUUGAGGCGUUGUUGCCAGGUGCUACGAGCUCAACAUAUCGAGGUUCAUGGUUGGGCAAGACAGUUGCCAUUAAGGUUUUUACGGGCAAGCUGAUUGAUAGUCAUGCUUGGGUACAGUAUUGCAAGAUGCUAGCCGCACUGGCACACCCCAACCUGAUCCAAGUGCUAGGCGUUGCUAUGAAACCCCCCUUCCUAUGGUGCGUUGUGAGCGAGUAUCUUCACAAAGGCUCUCUCGCCAACCUCUUUCGCCAACCUCAAAGUCGCGACAUGCCCUGGGGCCCAGGACGCAAUAACGAAUGUAUCAUCUUUUGGCAACGAGACCACCCCGACAGGGGUUCCCCGCGGUUGCUCGACCGCGAGGGAGGAAGCGGCGCCGAACCCGGUGGUGGCACCGCCCCGAGCGAAGGCGCUGGCUCCUCCCCCGGCGUAGUCGGUAACGGAGUUGCAGCUGGAAGUGGCGUGGGAAGCCGCAUUGGCACUGGCCGUCGUCGAAGGUCCGGGUACCUGCCUUCCUUGUUUUGGGGGCCUCGCACCAGUGCCACGUCCCGGACGGUGCCCAUACAGAACAUCUGUUCUGGCGCGUCGAUGCCUCUAACCUUUUGCGAGGCCGAUCCCUGGCGCGAAGACUUGUCGGUACUCGCGGCGGGUGGGCUCUCAACGGCCAAUGCCUGCUGCCACCGAGACUACCACCUCGACCUUCUCAUACGGCUCUUGCUCAAGAAGAAGACGCCCCUCCCCCCACCGACGGUCCCGUUAGUCCCGUCGGUUAAGCCGUCCAUGGGCUUCUGCGUCUCGCCUGUACCAAUACUCACCAAACCAUUUCUCGGCCCGAGGCAGACCGCUCCAGGUCACGGUCAGGCCGCCCCCCCAGGGCCCUCGGGUCCUCCAAGACAGGCGGCUCCCCUAGGGCAGGCUCCAGGUCGUUUGAACACAGGUAGCCAGCAGGUACUUAAUGAGCACCGCAGGAUAAAGUCUCUGCCGCCCGCAGCGCAAGCGCCCGCAAAAACCUCCGUGGCCUCUUUGAACUUGGAUACUUGCGAUAUCAUGCUUAUUUUAAAGUACACUCUACAGGGUCUUAUCUACCUACAGAGGACCGCAGGACGAGACGACCCGCAAGCCGGAGUCUCCUGCCACGGGAACAUAAAGCCCAGCAACAUACUGCUCACCGACCAGCAUGAAGCAAAGCUCGGCGAUUACUGCGAAUACAUGAUUGAACGCGCUUUCCAGCCCGUAGUCCUGGAUUUGGACGAAUCGGUACCGUGUCCCAAAUGUGCGCUACAAACACGCACACUUCAGCUCGUGCCUACGGUUCAAAAACGGGAAAGUAUACAUUUUCUAGCUCCGGAAUUUUUGAGGAAACCGAUCAUCUGCAAGAGUAACACUGUCGAAGCAGACAUCUACUCAUUCGGGCUGACAACAGCAGCUGUUCUUUUGAAGAAAAUUCCAUACCCGCAAUUGAGUCCUACGCAGAUCCGAGUGGUUCGCGGAUUCAGCGAUGUCGCGCCCGAAAUCAUCCAAGACUUGGAUAACGGUUGGGAACCGAUAAAGUCUACCAUCAUACAGUGCAUCCAGCAGGACCCGUCAAGAAGAUGUUCCUGGAAAGUUAUCUGUAACCUUCUUCUACACUAUAAGCAUACGGCCUCAGCCAUUGCAGAAAACGCUCUUAUUUCCUUCCUCACGGGAAACGAAUGA